AUGCAUGAAAUAUUUACGAUUCAAGUUGGACAAUUUUGGGAAUAUGUUUGUCACGAACAUGGAAUCGAUUCAAUGGGAAUGUAUCAUGGCGAUAGUGAUUUACAACUUGAACGAAUAAAUGUCUAUUUUACUGAAGUUACACAGGGAAAAUAUGUGCCGCGAUCGGCUUUUACGGAUUUAGAUGAAUAUUCUGUGAAUAAAAUUCGAAAUUCUAUGUAUAGACAGUUGUUUCGACCAGAUUUGAUAGUGAAUGGCAACAUGAGUGCCAGUAAUAACUUUGCUAAAGGAUUUUUCACUGAAGGGGCUGAAAUCCUACCGGAAUUACUUGAAAAAAUUCGUCAACUAGCUGAAGAAUGUGAUGUAGUCCACGGUUUUCAAUUUCUUCAUAGUAUAAGGGGUGGAUGUGGUGGAGGAUUGGGUUCGUUAUUACUUGAUCAUAUUCGACAGGAAUAUCCUGAUCGAAUAAUCAAAUCUUAUUCAAUUGUUCCUGCGUUGUCCAUGUCUCAAGUUUUUAUUGACCCAUACAAUGCUGUACUGACGAUGAAUCAUUUGAUUGAAAAUGCGGAUGAAACGUUUUGUUUUGACAAUGACGCUCUCUUCGAAAUCCUACACAGAACUCUUCGGUUUCCACCGGCAAAUGAUACAGAUAUCAAUCAAAUUCUAGCCCAAGUUAUGAUCGGUGUUACCGCUUGUUUUCGAUUUCCCGGACAACUAAACAUGGAUUUACGUAAAUUAGCUGUGAAUAUGAUUCCGUUUCCUGCACUUCAUUUUCUAAUGACAUCAUUGUCACCAAUUCAAACGAAUUCCUAUCAAAAUCUAACUGAGCAAUCUCUUUGUAAAAUCGCUCAUUGUGAUAUUCCACCAAAAGGUCUUCCACGUUCCGUGACUGGAAUAUCGAAUCAUACAGGAAUAGUGCAACGAUUUGAUUAUUUCUUACAACCGUUUAAGAAAUUGUUUCAACGUCGAGCAUUUAUUCAUUGGUUCAUUGACGAAGGAAUGGAGGAGAUCGAAAUUAGCGAAGCCGGCAAUCGAAUUGAUGAUUUGAUUAAACAAUACAAAUCAAUCGAUAAUCAAUAA